AAUUUUAGUUUUGCUAAUAUGGUGUGCACUAAAAGAUUAUGUAGACUUGUGUAUGAUGUAUAAUUUUUUGAUUUGUUAAGAUGGACGAAGAUCAAUGGACGUAUGACAAUAUAAUGUCUGAAAAAGUUGAUAUGGAUUAUGAAAAUGAACAAGAAUAUAGUGUGAAUGAACCACAUGUUGAUUGUUCGGAUGCUUUUAAUAUUUCUCAGGUCUUUGGUACCCGAGAAGAUGUCUUGCAGUGGGCUCGAUCGGUUGCCCAUGAAAACAGAGUUGCAAUCAUUAUGAGGUCUGAUACACAUACUGGUAGUAGAGGAAGAAGUUCAUUUGUGUUAAUUGGUUGUGAAAGGAGCAGUCAGUAUAAGUGUAGGAAGAAAGAAUUUUUUAGAAGAGACACUGGGAGUAGGAAAUGUGGUUGUCCCUUCAAGCUUAGUGGGAAACCAAUGAUUGGAGGGGAAGGUUGGAUGGUGAAGUUGAUUUGUAGGAUUCACAAUCAUGAAUUGGCCAAGUCCUUAGUUGGACAUCCAUACGUUGGGCAACUGACUAAGGAUGAGAAGAAUAUUAUUGUUGAUAUGACAAAGUCAAUGGUGAAACCAAGAAACAUCCUGCAAACGUUGAAGGAGCAUAAUGCCAACAGUUGCACCACAACAAACAAAUAUACAAUGCAAGAAGUGCAUAUCGUUCUUCCAUUAGAGGAAGUGAUAAUGAAAUGCAACAUCUAAUGAAGCUUUUUGA